AUGGCAUUAAGAUUUCCAAGGAUUAGCCAAGGUUUAGCUCAGGACCCCACUACUCGUCGUAUUUGGUUUGGUAUUGCUACCGCACAUGACUUCGAAAGUCAUGAUGAUAUUACUGAGAAACGUCUUUAUCAAAAUAUUUUUGCUUCGCAUUUCGGACAAUUAGCAAUAAUUUUUCUGUGGACUUCCGGGAAUCUGUUUCAUGUAGCUUGGCAGGAAAAUUUUGAGACAUGGGUACAGGAUCCUUUACAUGUAAGACCUAUUGCUCAUGCAAUUUGGGAUCCUUAUUUUGGUCAACUGGCUGUAGAAGCUUUUGCUCGUGGGGGUGCUCUUGGUCCAGUGAAUAUUGCCUAUUCUGGUGUUUAUCAGUGGUGGUAUACAAUCAAUUUACGUACUAAUGGGGAUCUUUAUACUGGAGCUCUUUUUCUAUUAUUUCUUUCAGCCAAGCGGGGUGGUUACACCUACAACCGAAAUGGAAACCGAGCGUUUCUUGGUUUAAAAAUGCUGAAUCCCAUCUUAAUCAUCAUUUGUCAGGACUAUUCGGAGUCAGUUCCUUGGCUUGGACAGGACAUUUAG